AUGGCUGCUGAGGACUCAGAUUGCUUUACCCAAUUUGUUUCGAAAACACUAGAGACGGAUUCACUUGGGGAUGAAGCAAAAAGUGUCGAAAUUGGACUCAGACAAAGCGAAGCUGAACUGGGUUCGGGGAAGAAGAUGAAGAUGAGGGCUGAAAUCGACACGUCAGCGCCUUUCGAGUCUGUGAAGGAGGCAGCGAGUCGAUUCGAUGGAAUCGGUUUCUGGAAACCCAAUUCCCACAAGCCUUCUGGGUCUUUAGAGUUUCUUCAUAGGGCAGUUGAUCUUACACUGGUUCCAUCAGCUGCCCUUACAAAGGAGCUUGAAGCAGCUAGGGUAACAGCAGGUAACAAGAUUCGUCUCUGGAAUAAGGGUGUUGAUUCCAAAAGCUUCCAUCCCAAAUAUCGCUCUCAAGAAAUGCGAAUAAGACUAAGCAAUGGGGAGCCCGAGAGAACAUUGAUAGUCCAUGUUGGACGACUAGGAGUUGAGAAGAGUUUGGAUUUACUCAAAAGUGCCAUGGACCAGAUACCGGAGGCACGAAUUGCUUUUAUUGGAGAUGGACCAUACAGGGAGGAUCUGGAAAAGCUGUUCUCCGGCAUGCCUGCCGCAUUCACAGGGAUGUUAGGAGGUGAAGAGCUCUCUCAAGCAUACGCCAGCAGAGAUGUUUUCGUCAUGCCUUCAGAAUCAGAGACGCUCGGACACAUAAUGUCAUUUUCAAAAAACAGGUAAAA